AUGCUCUGUCCUUCACCGUUCCCUUUUGGAACGCCAAUCCUGCUCCUCCUGAUCGUGCCCGCAUCCAACAUCCCUCUUCCUGAGCGACACACCCCCAUAAUCGCAUCCCGUCCGACGGCACCACCAUCUCCUCCCACCUACCCGGACCCUAACCAAUCUCAAUCUUUGCGAGCACCAGCCUUGUAG